UCUCGGAAUAAAGUUAUUUUAAAAAUAUGGAAGACGACAGAAAAGUGGCAGAAAACUGGGGUAAGAAUCUUGUUUUGAAAAGCAGACGAUGUACAUUUGAGAGAGCAGAGAAGUUUAUCUCGAAAUUAUAUUUCAGCGAUAUUAAUCUUCAGAGCAGACUUUAUCCCAAAACAAGUUCUGUGUUGGAAUUGCUGCAUUGUUCUGUAAAUAAUCGCAUAAAAUAUGAAGAUGCAGUAAAAUGUCAGUUUUCACCUGCAAAAGUUGGAGACAAGUUUGGACCCAGUUGGAGUACGCAUUGGUUUAAAGUGACAGUUCAAAUCCCAAAUGACUGGAAUGGAGAGGAAGUACAUUUUAGAUGGAAUUCAAAUUCAGAAGCAAUGGUUUGGAAACAUGGUAAAGCAAUACAGGGCUUAUCUGGUUCAGACCGUACGGAUUAUAUCCUAACGGAAAAUUCAGUACCAAAUGAGUGCUUCACCUUUUACAUUGAGAUGGCAUGCAAUGAAUUGUUUGGUAUUGGUGAAGGCACUAUGAUCAGUCCUCCGUCAUUAACUCGAUAUUUUGAUUUAUCAAUGGCGGAUAUCGCUGUCUUUGAUAGAGACUGUAACCAACUUAUACUGGAUCUUACAAUGCUUAUCGGUAUGGCAGAACAUCUUCCAGAAGACAACUUACGAGGUUCCCAGGCACUAUACGUUGCUAAUGACAUUGUUAACAUGUGUGAUGUGACUAAACCUGAAACAUUUGAACGCUGUCACGAAAUUGCCGAGACGUUUUUGAAACAAAAGAAUGGCGAGGGUCAGCACGUGAUUCAUGCUAUGGGACAUUGUCAUAUCGACACAGCCUGGCUGUGGCCUUAUGCUGAGACUGUAAGAAAGUGUGGAAGAAGUUGGUCUUCAGCUGUUCGUCUAAUGGAAAGAUAUCCCGAAUUUACCUUCACAUGCUCCCAGGCUCAACAAUUCGAAUGGGUUAAGAUUCACUAUCCUCAUUUGUUUGAAGAUAUGAAGAAAUUUGCGAAAACUGGAAGCUUUUUACCAGUUGGUGGAACUUGGGUAGAAAUGGACGGGAAUAUUCCUGGAGGUGAAUCAUUUGUUCGACAAUUUUUAUUUGGACAGUCUUUCUUUAAAGAAGAAUUUGGUUCUUUCUGUCAAGAGUUUUGGUUGCCUGACACGUUUGGUUACUCCGCCCAGUUACCACAAAUUAUGAGGGAAGCUGGAAUGAAAUACUUUGUAACACAAAAAUUGAGCUGGAGUUUGAUGAACAAGUUUCCGCACAAUUCGUUUAUAUGGGAAGGCAUUGAUGGAUCGAGAUGUCUUGCCCAUUUUCCUCCUGGUGAUACAUAUGAAUCCAUGGCCGGCGUUGAUGAUAUGAUUAAAACGGUGAAGAAUCUGAAAGACAAAGGCCGAACUAAUAACAGUAUGUUGUUAUAUGGGUAUGGUGAUGGAGGCGGAGGACCAACUGAAGAUAUGAUUGAAAAACUGAACAGAGUAAAAGAUACUGAUGGUUUACCAAAAGUAGUUUUAUCAAGUCCUCAAAAAUUCUUUAAAAUUCUGGACGAGAACGAUUCUUCUAAGCUCUGUACAUGGAUUGGUGAAUUAUAUUUAGAAUUACAUCAAGGAACAUUUACAGCGCAAGCAAAUAUUAAAAAUGGUAAUCGACGGAGUGAAUUUCUUUUACACGAUUUGGAAUUUUUGUCUUCCAUUGCACUCACCAAGAAUGCAAACCAGGGAGCGGAACAGUCGAAAGAUUCAUUUGCAUAUGCAGUUGAAGAACUAAAGCGAUUAUGGAAACUUUUGCUCUUGAAUCAGUUUCAUGACGUCAUACCAGGAAGUUGCAUUAAUGAGGUUGUUGUUGAUGCUUUGGAAUAUUAUACAGACAUCAGGGAGAGUUGUACCGGAUUGCUAAAACAAAGUUUGGAUGCUAUAAUUAAAAGGGCAUCUUCAGACGCCAAAUUAAAAACACCUCAACUCGUGGCUUUCAACACUCAUUCCUGGCCAAGACAAGAAGUUGUCAUAUUGUCCGAUACAAUUUCUGAACGAUUGGAUAAAAUAGUGACGCAAAAGCUGGGAUGUGGUCAGACUCUGGCUCUUGUUGAUGUUCCAAGUAUGGGUUAUGCUGUUGUUGAAAGUAAUGUAGAGUAUGAGCCUUGUAGUAUCCAGGUGCUACAGGAUUCAGAAUUUGUGGUUUUGAAGAAUUCAUUUUUAACAGCAAAAGUAGAUCGAUGUGGUCGUUUAGUAUCACUUAUCCACAACAAGAGUAAGAGAGACAUCAUUUCUCCAGGAUGUCGUGGUAAUCAGUUUGUUAUUUUUGACAAUGUUCCGCUAUAUUGGGAUGCUUGGGACGUUAUGCCUUAUCAUCUAGAAACCAGGAAAGAAGUUUCUGAGAACAAAGAGGGCACUCGUAUUGAGAUUGUGGAACAGGGGCCACUUCGCGUGUCUGCCAAGUUUUCCCUAAAAAUCAGUGAAAAAUCAUGGAUUACACAACAUAUUUUAUUGGAUGCUGUUUCUCCCUUUAUAUCUUUCCACACAAAGGUUGAUUGGCAUGAAAACAGAAAGUUUUUGAAAGUUGAAUUUCCUGUUAAUGUUCGUUCACCAAAUGCCACUUAUGAAAUUCAGUUUGGACACCUUCAAAGACCUACCCAUUUCAAUACAAGUUGGGACUGGGCGCGUUACGAGGUAUGUGGUCAAAAAUGGUUUGACCUCUCUGAAUACAACUGGGGAUGUGGUAUCAUGAAUAACAACAAGUAUGGAUUUUCUACCCGGAACAACGUCAUGACCAUUUCCCUCUUGCGGGCUCCUAAAGCCCCAGAUAACGAAGCCGAUAUGGGAAGCCAUGACUUCAAGUAUGCUGUUUUACCUCACACAGGAAGCUUUCAGGAUUCGGGAUUGAUACGGCACUCGUACAAUUUCAAUAACGAACUCAGACUGGUUCCUACAAAUACUGAUAUUAGUCGUGAACUAAGACGUGUUUCAUAUUUCAAAGUCACGAAUGAGGCUAUCGUUUUGGAAACUAUAAAGAAGGCUGAAAGAGAACCUAAUGCUUUGGUUAUGAGAUUAUACGAAGCUUUUGGAGGGCACAAUUCUUCGAAAAUUGUAUCACAAUUAGGCAUUUCCAAAGUUCAAAGGUGCGAUCUUCUGGAGAGGCCGCUGGAAGAACUGCCUUGGCAGGGUGGUGAUGGUCUCCAACUGGAUUUUAAACCUUUUGAAAUUAUCACAUUACUGUGCUUUUUAAUAUAGUUCACUAAAUAAUAGUUUCAAAUUUACUUAUAAGUAUAAAAUUCAGAAUCAUGCCAAAAAUUAAUCGUAAUUUAUUUAAAUCCACUGAAUUAAUUAGAUGUAUUGAAAAGACGUCAUAGAUGAUAGGAAUUUAAAGGACUUCCCAACUGAAAAGAACUCGUGCAUGCAUGGUGUUUCAUAUCUACCCUUAUUGACCCCAUGCAAGUGUGGGACAAGUUGCCUCAGUUUAUCCCAAUUACUUACGUAUUAGUUAGGACAACCACCUGGCCCACUACUGGCACCAGGGCGGUAGCUACCGCCCACUUGGGGGGGGGGGUGUUAAUCAUAUAUUCAUGUUUACGUAUCAUGCAUGGGAACAAUAGCUCUCAAAAGAAAUCAGUCGGGCAUAAGACAAAUGUAUGAAAUGCACCCCCCAAUUAAGCUUCUAGCUACGGCCCUGUG